ACGAAGGAAAGGCGAUGAUUACACCAAAUCAUGAACGCAAAAUUUGUUCCAAACUCAAGAAAUCAAAGAAGCCUUCUUCUGCAAUUCUCAUUAAAGGACAGUGGACUGAAGAAGAAGACAGGAAAUUGAUAAGGCUGGUGAAGCAAUAUGGAGUGAGGAAAUGGGCACAGAUAGCUGACAAAUUGGAGGGCAGAGCUGGAAAACAAUGCCGUGAGAGAUGGCACAAUCAUUUGCGUCCUGAUAUUAAGAAAGAGAGUUGGAGUGAAGAGGAGGAGAUGAUACUCGUGGAAACUCAUGCAAGGGUUGGUAAUCGUUGGGCUGAGAUAGCAAAAAGCAUUCCCGGAAGAACAGAAAACGCCAUAAAAAACCAUUGGAAUGCUACAAAAAGAAGGCAGAAUUCAAGGAGAAAGAACAAACGCCCUAACUCCCAAAAUGGCAAGCCUCACUCUUCUAUUCUUCAAGAUUACAUUAAAACCAAAUACAACUCGACCGCCGUCCCGGCUACCUCCACCGUCACGUCGGCUGUCUCGAACGACCCUUCGUCUCAUUUCAACCAUUUUUUCUCCGAGUCGUCGGAUUCCACCUCUAACCUCUCUUCGGCAAUCAUCUCGUCGCCGAUGUAUGACGAUGAGCUUCUCUUCAUGCAAAACUUCUUCUCGAACUCCGAUGGCUUGUUGCCGUCUGUUGAUGAUGGUGCAUCUAUGGUCGUACGUAAUCAAUCUGUGGCGGAGUUCGGGUGUGUCGACUCGGAACCGAAAGCGGAGAAGGGGAAGAUGGUCAAUGGGAGCAACAUGGUGAAGAGUAGUCACUUGUAUUCCGAUAUGUAUAUGUCGUAUCUUUUGAACGGGACGAUGAACUCCGGCAGCGGCGAUGGGGAGAUUCAGAAGACGGUGGAGAUGGCGGAGCUGCAAGUGGCGGCCGGAGAAGGGCAAUGGGAGAAUUCAGAAGAAGAGAAGAGAGAAAUGGAUUUGAUGGAAAUGAUGUCUUUCCAUUGUUAUUCUUGAGCUGA